AAUGUCCUCCUCAACGGAGGACGAUACAAAAAAUGAAACCGAGGUUGCAGUUCAUGUGCCCUUAAAAAUUAGAACUCAUUCGGUGGUGGGUAGUUCAUCAGAUUCCGAUGACUAUACAGCAGAAGUGGCUGGUGCUUUAGUCGAUGUAGAGGGAGUUUGCUACGCUGAUUAUCGGCUAGAACAAUACGCUCAUAGUGUAUUGGAUUUUAGUUCACAAUAUGGUAUAGAUUUGAGUAUAUCGUAUACGGCACCAAACAUAACCGGCAGGCCAUCCAAAUAUCCCGAAUAUGGCGAUUUUCCACAAACAUUUGCCAUGCGCACCUAUGGCGACUGGUGGGACAAGGCCCCCUCGCGCCUUAAAGAAAUACAUCCUCAAAGUUUACCCGCCGUACCCUCAGAAGAUUUCAUUGUGCUUUACUUCGAAGACUAUGUUAUACCCGAUGAGAUAGCAAUAUUUGAAACCUUUAAUCCUGGUGCAGUUAUACGCAUAUGGUCGUAUACAAUAACAAAGACUUGGAUAUGUUUAUGGGAAGAUAUGGAAUUUUAUAGUAGACCUCCGUAUACGGCAAAUAGAGCUAGACGUUUCUCACCACCAUUGAAAAGAAUACAACUACCAACAAAAACUAUAAGACUGGAAUUCAAUCAUAAACGUCUUCAUUAUUACACCGAAAUUGAUGCAGUCCUUAUGAGUGGUCGUAAAUUUAAUAUGGGUAAUCUACAGACCCUAUUGGAUUUUCAUGAAAGGCAACGAAAAGGUUCCAUUCUCAGUAAAUUACAAAAUAUGAAAUUUCGUCCAAUAUGCAAGGAUAAUUAUCAGACACGUUUACAGCACUUUCUCGAUCAUGAUUUGGAUAAAUUUAUGUCAGCUGUAAAUGAGGUACAAAUCAAAACCACCGCCAAGGAUCAGGAAGUGACACGAGUUUCCAAAGUGGAUUUAAAAGAUAUGCCGUUCGAUAUUGUCUUGAAAAUCUUUAGCUAUUUGGAUUUAAUUUCAUUAUUUCGUGUUGGCCAAGUGUCACGUUUCUUCUAUGAUGUCUCUACCCAUCCACUGCUGUAUAGUGAGAUUAAUUUAAAGCCCUAUUGGCAUUUAGCAUCGUCUGAAUUAAUUUCCACAUUGGCCAAAAGAGCAACGGUUCUAAAGAAAUUAGAUAUGUCCUGGUGUGGUUGUACCAUACAAACUGUGUCGCCAACGGAAUUUAAAAAAUUCAUCCAACAACGAGGUGAUACACUGACCCAUCUACGUUUAAAUUCUUCGAAAUUUUUAAAUUCCAGUUGCAUUGAGACAAUUGGAAUUGUCUGUGAUAAUUUAAAAGAACUCUCUCUGAGAAAUUGUAGCCUGAGUCCACCAUUACUGAAUUUCAGUUGUUUGGCAAAUCUAAAAAAUCUCGAUCGUUUGGAUCUAUUUCAAACGGUAAUAGAACAAGAUUUACUAUUGACCAUGCUGGAGAGUAAUCCAAAAUUGAAACAUUUAAAUUUGGCAUUUUGCAAUGUUGCCGUUAACAUGGACGAUGUUGCCGUACACGUUUCCGAAUACAAUAAACAAUUGAUAUCGCUGGAUAUGUGGAAGGCUCAUUAUUUGUCGGCACAUGGUCUCUUGGCUUUGUCCAAAUGUCAUGAUCUCGAAGAAGUUGAUUUUGGUUGGUGCUUACGUGAGGCUACUUUAGGUGACAGCCUAAAAGAAUUUCUUAUCAACUGUCCCAAAAUUAAGAAAUUAUUUUUGGCAGCGGUGCGCGGUCUAACCGAUCGUGAUCUAGAAGAUAUUGCCAAUUUAUGUCCGAAUUUGGAACAGCUGGAUUUAAUGGGCGUUUUGGGUAUAUCCAAAGAAAGAUAUUAUGAUAUUUUACAAAAAUGUAAAAAACUACAAUUAAUGGAUUUAAGUUUUUGCGAUAACAUAAUGGACUAUGAGGUCGCUAUGUGGUCUCAAAAUUUCAAUGUAAAUAUCAAAUGUUGUCAUGUACCUAACGAUAUAAGAUAAGACCUCAAUUUAUAAUAGUUUGUAAAUGAAAAAA